AUGGCCCGGCGUAGCCUCCUCCUCCUCCCCUGCCUCUUCGCCGCGGCGGCGGUUCUCUGCGAUGCGCACUCGAAGCUCGCCAAGAAGAGCAACGACGUCGUCAACGGCCCCCUCCUCACCACCAAGAUCGACGCCAAGCGCACCCUGAUCGUCGGCCCCAACGACGAGUUCAAGACCAUCCAGUCCGCCAUCGACGCCGUGCCCGAGGGGAACACCGAGUGGGUCAUCGUCCACAUCCGCUCCGGCGUUUACACGGAGAAAGUUGUGAUCCAGGAGACCAAGCCGUUCAUCUUCGUCAGGGGCAACGGCAAGGGCCGGACCUCAAUCUCCUUCGAGUCGGCCUCGCCUCACAACGCCGAGUCCGCCACGUUCGCCGUGCAUGCGGACAACGUCAUCGUCUUCGGCCUUAGCUUCAGGAAUGCGGCCCGCGCGGGGCUGCCGAACAGCCCGGAGAUCCGCACGGUGGCGGCCAUGGUCGGCGGCGACAAGGUGGCCUUCUACCACUGCGCCUUCUACAGCCCCCACCACACCCUCUUCGACCAGGCCGGCCGCCACUACUACGAGAGCUGCUACAUCCAGGGCAACAUCGACUUCAUCUUCGGCGGCGGCCAGUCCAUAUUCCAGUGCGCGGAGAUCUUCGUGAAGCCCGACCGGCGGACGGAGAUCCUGGGUUCCAUCACGGCGAGCGAUCGCAAGGAGGAGAGCGCCGCCGGCGGCUUCGUGUUCCUCAAGGGCAAGGUGUACGGCGUCGGGGAGGUCUACCUCGGCCGCGCCAACGAGGCCUACUCGCGCGUCGUCUUCGCCGACACCUACCUCUCCAAGACCAUCAACCCGGCCGGCUGGACGGACUACGGAUACACGGGCAGCAAAGACAAUUUGAUGCUCGCGGAGUUCAACUGCACCGGGCCGGGCGCCGACGCGUCGAAGCGCGUGCCGUGGUCGCGGCAGCUCAGCCCGGCGGACGCGGCCAAGUUCCUCACCGUCGACUUCAUCGACGGCAAGGACUGGCUCCCGGCCUUCUACUACUGA